CGCGGCGCCCGCGCCGGCCCCGGCCGCCGAGGCCUCCGCCAUUUUUCUCUUUCGCCGCGGCUGUCCAAGAGGGCAGCCGGCCGGUCGCUCUCCAGGUCGCUACCUCCCAGCUGCUGUCGCCGCCUCUGCCGCCGCCGCCGCCGCCGCCGCCGCCGCCGCUUCCUUAGCGCUGCCAGCCGCUCCAGAGCCAGCGCGGGUCACGUGAGUUCGCCCGGCCCACAGAGGCGGCGGCGCAGACAGCGACCCCGAGGCCCGCCUCCCAGCACCAAAGAGGUGCAGGAAGGAGAGUCCGCCAGCCGCGGCCCGCCCGCCGGCUCCUCAAACAGCCCCUCGCCGGUCCUCCAAUCUCCCAGCGAGAAGAAAGAAAGAGCGUCCCCGGAAACCACCGAAACGCUGGGGUAGAGCGGCACAUGUCUUGCCUCUUUGCCGGUCCUCCUCGGUGACCGUGCUCCUGCGCGAAAGGACCUUGGGCUCCCCCUCUGCCCGGGCGGCUAGCGGGAGCUAUACGAAGCUGCAGUGGGGAAGUCGGCGGCGUUACGUGGCAUUGACCCAGAGCUCUGAGACUCCUCAGCACAAUGACUCAAGCAGAAAUUAAGCUGUGUUCUUUGUUGCUGCAAGAGCAUUUUGGAGAGAUCGUAGAAAAAAUUGGAGUCCACCUAAUCAGAACUGGCAGCCAGCCACUAAGAGUUAUUGCCCAUGACACAGGAACAUCGUUGGAUCAGGUAAAAAAAGCCCUUUGUGUCCUCAUCCAGCAUAACCUGGUGAUAUAUCAGGUGCACAAACGUGGUGUGGUAGAGUAUGAAGCCCAGUGCAGCCGGGUGUUGCGAAUGCUUAGGUAUCCCCGGUACAUCUAUACUGCCAAAACACUGUACAGUGACACUGGUGAGCUGAUUGUUGAGGAGCUCCUGUUGAAUGGCAAGAUGGCAAUGUCAGCUGUCGUGAAGAAAGUAGCAGAUCGGCUCACAGAGACUAUGGAGGAUGGCAAGACCAUGGACUAUGCUGAGGUCUCAAACACAUUUGUGCGACUAGCAGACACACACUUCGUGCAGCGUUGCCCCUUGGUGCCUGCCACUGAGAAUGCAGACCCUGGGCCACCGCCACCUGCCCCCACUCUUGUCAUCAGUGAAAAGGACAUGUACCUGGUUCCUAAACUGAGCUUGAUAGGGAAAGGUAAAAGGAGGAGAUCAUCUGACGAAGAUGCAACUGGGGAGCCCAAGGCCAAGAGACCAAAACAUACCACAGAUAACAAAGAGCCCAUUCCAGAUGAUGGGAUUUAUUGGCAGGCCAACCUUGACAGAUUCCACCAGCACUUCCGUGACCAAGGCAUUGUCAGUGCAGUUGCCAACAGGAUGGACCAGGUGAUAUCUAAGUGGGUGGGACAGUGGCUAUCAGGAAUAUUCACUUAUUUGCAGAUGUGGCCAUUGGCAUAUAGCCAGAGCCAGCACAGCAGAGUGAAUUCUGAUUUCCAGUUCACUUUUCAAACCCAGACAAGCAGCGAGAUCGUGCGGACCAUGCUCCGGAUGAGUGAGAUUACCACUUCCUCUAGUGCCCCCUUCACCCAGCCAUUGUCUUCCAACGAGAUCUUCAGAUCCCUACCUGUUGGCUAUAACAUCUCUAAGCAAGUUCUUGAUCAGUAUCUCACUCUGCUGGCAGAUGAUCCACUUGAGUUUGUUGGAAAGUCUGGCGACAGUGGUGGAGGAAUGUAUGUCAUCAACCUACAUAAGGCUCUAGGAUCUCUAGCCACAGCCACUCUGGAGUCGGUCAUACAAGAGAGAUUUGGGUCUCGCUGUGCCAGAAUAUUCCGUUUAGUUUUACAAAAGAAACACCUGGAGCAGAAACAGGUAGAAGACUUUGCAAUGAUUCCAGCAAAGGAGGCAAAGGAUAUGCUUUAUAAAAUGCUCUCAGAAAAUUUCAUAUCACUCCAGGAAAUUCCCAAAACACCAGACCAUGCCCCAUCCAGGACCUUCUAUUUAUAUACUGUGAACAUCCUGUCAGCUGCCCGAAUGUUGCUGCACAGAUGCUACAAGAGUGUAGCCAACUUGAUAGAAAGGAGGCAAUUUGAAACCAAAGAAAACAAGCGUCUACUGGAAAAGUCUCAGAGGGUAGAAGCCAUCAUUGCAUCUAUGCAGGCUACAGGUGCAGAGGAGGCACAGCUACAAGAAAUAGAGGAGAUGAUCACAGCCCCUGAACGCCAGCAGCUAGAGACCCUGAAACGUAAUGUCAACAAGUUGGAUGCCUGUGAGAUCCAGGUGGAUGAAACCAUCUUCCUGCUGGAGUCAUACAUCGAGAGCACCGUGAAGAGACAAUGACCCAGAAGAAGAGUCUUCCUCAGAAGAUCUGAGGGGAUUGGAAGGAAGAAUAAAGGAGGUGCCUAGAUGCAUUCUUUGCAGUA